UUUUACGGAUUCUCCAUACUGUUUGCAUCUGCCAAAGUGCAUUCGACCCACCCCGGCUCUAGGCACCUGCUCCCCAACAAGUGCCCAUCCCGUGAAAAAUUCUUACUGUUAUUAUUGCCAUACUACUGUAAUUAGUAUUACUGUCAUAGAAUAAUCUUCACCGUAUAACCAUCACAAUAUACCAUUUACACAUCGGUACCAUACACCACCUACUACGUCAGCAUACUAUCAUUAUAUAUCAGUGUCAUAUACCAUUUGCAAUAUCGGCAAUCCCUCUAUUUGAUUUCAUAUCUACUGUAAUACUAGCAUGUCUUCUUCUGGCUCCAGGGGACCUCCCCCCAACCGAUACUACGAACGAAACGAAUAUAACGAGUACGGCCGUUCCCGACGGAAGAACUUCUACUCGUCUAAUGCCUCAUCUCGUCGAGAUUACAAAAGCAGCGGUCCUGGCUCCUCGUCACUUUCUCACUCUAAACUUAACACAAAUAACGAAGCAAUACCCCCGAAUGCCAGCAACAAUUCUGGAAGAAGUUCAUUUGGUACUGGCCCAAAUGUACGAGAUAGUCGUAACAACUCCUCUUCUUACGGCAACACCAAUAAUCCAAAGACCUACGGAAAGCACACGGGGGUCAGCUCAAACUCACCAAACAGUGGCCAAUCAUCGUACACAUCAUAUUAUCCCAGCUAUGGUAAAUACGGCAAUUUCACGUCGUCAUCCGCUUCAGCCAAUACAACCAGUCCUAACGCCGAUACAUCUACUGGCUUCUAUGGUUCUCGUAGUGACUCGUGGCGGUCAGAUCGAAUCAAAUCCGGCGACUCGCGUUUAUCUUCGUCUAAUAAACAAGUUUCUUCAACUUACAAUUCCCGAUUUCCUUCUAAUAGCCUUGCAGGAAACGACUACCGCAAAGACAAAUACGAUUCUUCAUACGCUCAAGCUGGUCCGACGGAUACUUCAGCUAAUCUCUCUGGAACCAACAACCUCAGAUGGAAAUCAUCCAAUAGCGUGCCGACUUAUAACUCCAACAAGGUGCCUAUUGCUGGUACUAGAGGUUCUUUGUCAGGAUCUGUAGGAUCAAGGUACUCCGCCAAAGAUCGAGCUCGAGGUUCUUUUUCGUCUGGUGGAGGCUCUUCAGCGUUAGUCAAUAGUGGUACAAAAAGAUCGGGGGAUACUUACUACCCAUCUGGUAGAAAUUCAUAUGGCUCUGCUGCAAACUAUGGCCAAUUAUCCAAACCACAAGAACGGUUUUCUUCUGUGAAGACUAGUGACCGUGACUAUACAAAACCAAGAGUAUCGUCAAUAAUGAAGAAGGAGUCUAGUGACGAUUAUUCUCCUUCCCCUGGGUUUGAUAUAGACACAAAAUCUGAAAUCGGCAAGACCGAUCAAGAUGAGCAAACAGAGGAAGAGAUGAAGCUCGAGCAGAAUGACAUGGAUGAAGAUGAUCAAGACCUUGAUGAAGAAGACGACGAAGAUCUACAGGAAGAAAACGACGACAAGUCCAAGAUUGAAAUAGAAAUAGAAACGAAAUAUGAAGGUGAUAUUCGCGUUGCUGUUGAGAAAACAGAAGUACCUGAAGUUGUCAAGAUUGAUGUUUCCAAUGAAAUAUGCUACCCAGAAGGAUGUAAGUAUCCUUUAACCAAGAUUGAAACUGAGUUUGAACUUUUAGAGAAAGAGUUUGAACAUAAACUAGAAGAAAGUGGAUCUUUAAAAUAUACCUUAUACCAACCAAUUGAGGAUUUCAACGACUAUCCUUUCUUUUCAAAAGCAUUCAAGAGAUUCGUAUUGUCGAGAGCUGCCUUGAUUGAUAAGUUGAAAACACGUAACAAGGCGAUUAAUAGAAAGAGAUUGACAUUGUGGAACGACUACAAAAAUGGCCACGACAGAUGGGAAGUAGAGAGGAAGAAAAUGGAACAGCAGUUGCGAUUGCUUCAUCCUCCAGACGAUGAAAUGAGGCGAGAGAUCGAUUCUAGUGACAAUAGAAAACAGUUUCAGCGCCAAUUUAGUUCACCUGAGAAUCCUGCAGACUCUGCGCCCGGUGGAGCUCCAAAUCGUCGUGGUAGAAGGCAUGGAGAUUUAGUAACUACGGAAGCAGAGUUUCAAGAAAUUUUAAAGUCUUUGGGUGAAGAACAAGAUGAGGAUCCAUUGAUUAAGGCUGAAAGAGUUGCAGCUGAGAUUCCAGAAUUGAUUCUCGACCCAGUUAUGAGAGACGACUUCAAGUAUAUGAACUCCAACAAUAUUGUAAAAGAUAGAGAAGGUUGGACACAUAGAGUCAAAACAGAUUUCGUCAACAACUUCUCACCUACGGAGCACCAGCUUUUCUGCGAAGGAUUCUGUUUGUAUCCCAAGAGAUUUGGGGCCAUUUCGCGUCAUAUGGGGGGUUUAAGAACAGCCUCGGACUGUGUGAUUCACUACUACAUAACGAAGAAGGCUGUCAAUUAUAAACAGUUGUUGGCUCAAUUCAAGAAAAAGAGUACUAAGAAGGCUGGACGUCGUGGAAAGCAAGGGAGAUCAAGAAAUGUUUCACAAACACAGACUCCAGUUUCAACUCCAAUAAGAGACACAGCCAGCGUUUCUGAUGAAAGCAUAGACUCCAGAUUGGCUCCUCCCCUUUCUGUGACAGACUCUCAGGCAUUUUCCGAGGAACUAUUUACGGAUACUGGUCGCAGAAAGCGUGCUGCUGCUCCUGUAUUCGAUGGCAAGCCAAAGAAACCAGAAGCCACGGCUAUUGUAGAAGAAUUGAGUAUAGAAAAUGGGGUCAGUACUCCACCUAAGAAGAAACAGAGAAAGAGAAAGGAAGACGGAGUUGAGUCGGUGGUUACUCCACAGGCUAAUGGGGUUGUGGAUCGCAUUGGUGAUGAAACUCAGAAAGUUGACUUUCCUGUACCUCCAAGCGAUCUUCAAUCUGACAGUGGUAUGACUGAUCCUGAAAGUAAGGAACGCCGUAGAACCAUUUCUAGCUACUGGAGCAUAACUGAAGCCACGAUGUUUCCACAUUUGUUAAAUGAACAUGGCACGAAAUGGACUACCAUAGCUGAUAAGUUGACAACCAAAACAGCCACAAUGGUGCGCAACUAUUUCCAGAGAAAUGCAGAGAAGAAUGGCUGGAAUAAGGCAGCACGCGAUGCUGAUGAAAGAUUGGAGGCUAAGUUUGCUGCUGUACUCAAUCCCAAAGCAGACGUUGAGCAGCGACAAUAUCAAGCUGAACAAUAUCAACAACAACCUCUUCCUCAACAUAUUAGAGUACAUGAAGACCCAAUCAUCCGUCAGUAUAUUCCCAUGGGUACAUUUCAGCAUGCACCACCAAUUCAAGAGCCUCCUUUGCCAACAGUUAGGACACAUGUAGCUCCACUCAGCAAUUUGUUGUCGUCGGAUACUUCGUCUGUUCCAGUGUCUAUAAAAGUAGAACAACAAGCCACAGUAGCACCACCAUACAAGGCUCAAGUUUAUCAACAACCAACUCUUCCUAUCCAUCAUGAUAAACCUGCAUUGCCUCCAAUUUUUUCUAGACCACAAGCAUCCAUCAUGAGCUUGUUGAAUUCUGACUCCAGUCCAGUCAAGGUAGAGCCGGUUAUGAAGCCUCCAAUACUUCCGACUCCUCGUAAGAAUAGUCUCAACGAUUUGCUCAACUCGCCUUCGUCGUUUCCAGCAUACACCCCAAUAGGCUCUAACGGAAACGCUCCUACUGUUCCCAAGCGUAACGGUAUAGCCUCUUUGCUUUCUGCUGACGCGGACUCUACUUCUUCAGGAAAUGGAGGAAAUAGCAAUCAGCAUCCAUGAGGAGCUAUAUAAGUGAGGUUACAGGCGAUUGGGUACUCUUCUGCUUUUGUAUUAUAAUGACUAGGUUAGGGAUAUAAUAGAUAAUGAUGAUG